GUGAAGGGCCGGUGGCGUCAGCGGGAGGCCUGGCCCGCGGACCGGGCUCCCAGCUCGGGCAGCCACGGCUCUCAUCCCUUUGGCCGCCUGGGUCACACACUGCUCAGGGAGAAGCUGCUGUCAGGUCCUUGGAGGCCACAUGGCCUUCUCAAAAGUACAGCCGGGAGGACAGAGACCCUCCCUGGGCUGGGUCACCCUGCCCUCUUCUAUCCCCAUCCAACGUGGCACCGAGUCUGCCAUUCAGUCAUUCCGUCUGCCAACAAGUCUUACAGGCCAGCUCUGUGCUUAGCUCUCUGCUGGCUCCAGGAGGGGUCCUCACUCGCUGACCACACCGACCUCAGGACCAAGGGAACAAACACAGCAGGGGCAAUCCGUCCCGUCCACGGAGAAGUCUAAACCCCAAAGGGUCCCAGCUGCAGGGCAGCCAUGAGCCUGGUGGCCUGCGAGUGCCUGCCCAGCCCCGGCCUGGAGCCUGAGCCUUGCUCACGAGCACGGUCCCAGGCUCGCGUGUACCUGGAGCAGAUUCGCAACAGGGUGGCUCUGGGGGCGUCUGACGUGACAAAGCGUGACUAUCUGGUGGAUGCGGCCACGCAGAUCCGGCUGGCCCUGGAGCGCGACGUUGGUGAAGACUAUGAGGCGGCCUUCAACCACUAUCAGAAUGGCGUGGACGUGCUGCUCCGUGGCAUACAUGUUGACCCCAACAAGGAGCGACGUGAGGCUGUGAAGCUGAAAAUUACCAAGUACCUGCGGCGGGCAGAGGAGAUCUUCAACUGCCACCUGCAGCGGCCGCUGGGCAGUGGAGCCAGCCCCAGCACGGGUUUCAGCAGCCUGAGGCUCCGGCCCAUCCGCACGCUGAGCUCUGCUGUGGAGCAGCUGAGGGGCUGCAGGGUGGUCGGGGUCAUCGAGAAGGUGCAGCUGGUCCAGGACCCGGCAACAGGAGGGACCUUCGUGGUGAAGAGCCUACCCAGGUGCCACAUGGUGAGCCGGGAGCGGCUGACCAUCAUCCCACACGGAGUCCCCUACAUGACAAAGCUACUCAGGUACUUCAUGAGCGAGGACUCCAUCUUCCUGCACCUGGAGCAUGUGCAAGGAGGCACUCUCUGGUCCCACCUGCUCUCUCAGGCGCACCCCCGACAUUCUGGGCUCAGCUCUGGCUCUACCCAGGAGAGGAUGAAGGCUCAGCUCAACCCCCACCUCAACCUCCUGACCCCAGCGAGGCUCCCCUCAGGCCACACCCCUGACCAGGACAGAAUCGCCCUGGAGCCUCCUAGGACUUCUCCGAGCCUUCCCCUAGCCGGGGAGGCCCCAUCCACCAGACCCCAGAGGGAGGCUGAAGGUGAACCCACAGCCAGGACCAGCACCUCUGGCUCCUCGGACCUUCCAAAGGCCCCAGGUGGCCACCUGCACCGUCAAGCUAGGCGGGCUGGCCAGAACUCAGACGCUGGGCCCCCUCAGGGACUCACUUGGGUUCCCGAGGGGGCCUGCCUGGUGCUAGGGGGCUGUGGCCGAGGCACGGAUCAGAGCUGCCUGUCAGCAGAUGGGGCCGGCCGGGGCUGUGGCAGGGCCACCUGGAGUGUGAGAGAGGAGCAGGUGAAGCAGUGGGCGGCGGAGAUGCUGGUGGCACUGGAGGCACUGCAUGAGCAGGGGGUGCUGUGCCGGGACCUCCACCCCGGGAACCUGCUCCUGGACCAGGCAGGUCACAUCCGGCUCACAUAUUUUGGCCAGUGGUCAGAGGUGGAGCCCCAGUGCUGCGGGGAGGCCGUGGACAAUCUCUACAGCGCCCCAGGCAAGAAGGGGGAGGCCGGGGUGGGCCCUAGCACCUGGGUGCCUUUGUGGGGGUUGCGCCCAGAGUCUGAGAAUGACAGAGGGGGUGGGUGGUGUCUGGGUAGGCUGAGGAGAACGGAAGAGGCCCUCUUGGGUGAGGCUGGGACCCGUGUUCUUGUUCCCACAGAGGUGGGUGGGAUUUCUGAGCUGACAGAAGCCUGUGACUGGUGGAGCUUUGGGUCUCUACUGUAUGAACUGCUUACAGGAAUGGCACUGUCCCAGAGCCACCCUUCAGGAAUCCAGGCCCACACCCAGCUCCAGCUGCCUGAGUGGCUCAGUCGUCCGGCGGCCUCUCUGCUGACUGAGGUGAGCUGCUGCAGUUCGAGCCUACCCGGCGCCUGGGCGUGGGAGAAGGUGGUGUCAGCAAACUCAAGUCCCAUCCCUUUUUCAGUACCAUCCAGUGGAGCAAACUGGUGGGGUAAGAGGGUAGAGCGGGUGACGGAAGCAGCUGGCCUGGUCUGGAUCGCCUCUCCUCCUUGCCUGACACCCAGGGCUGGCCCUCUAUCCGCGGGCUUCGGGCGAGGAAUGGAGGGCACUGCCUGUCCUACUGGGCUCCCACUGGGACCUCAGAAUUAUGGCCACCACCCAGGAAGGGUCAGCUCCUGGAAAAGCUGGAGGUGGGGGCAGUCAAGGCCUGCCCUGCUAAGCAGCUUGAACCUUCCACCCAUGAGUCAACAGACCCAUUGAGCAUGUGGACUCACCAUGUUAAAGGCUGCCCUCUGUGGCACUGGCGCUGAGCUCUUGACCACCUGCUGCACCCUACUGUGAGGUGCUGUGACUGACUUACUGCCAUGUUGUGCCCUACUCAGGACAUCUCUGGAGACUCUUCUCAGGACACUGAUCCACUGGCUCAGUGGACCCAAACCAGACUGUCCUGGCUAGUCCUCUUAGUCACACAGUGAGUGGGCCUCUUCCACCAGAAGCUGUUACUGCAGCUAGAGAGGCUCAGAAGCAAGGAUGCCAUCUGUAGUGUGGGGAGGGAUGAGGUAGGGGACAGGAAGACCCCCCCAUUCCUGACCAUGCCCCCUGUCUUGCAAUUUCAGACUUGGGAGAGCAAAAGGGAGGGGAAGAAAAUAAGAGGAAUGGGGGGAGGAAGGAAUGCACAGCUCUGCCCCUUAGAGCAAGUCUGAAACCAGAAUCAAGAGCCCUCCUCCCCAGUGGGGCCAGCUGUGUGGGGGGAGGGGGGCAGCCUGCCCCAGGGGUGCAAAAGGACAGCAAUUCAUUCAGCCUCCAGGCCAAAGCAGCUGAGACAAAGUGUGCCCAUCAGGAUCCCCUCUCAGGCUUUGGCUGUUUACCAUGUCACUGCCUACUGUGACUUCAUGUCCUUUUGGGAUAAGAAACCACAAAAUGUAUGGAACAACUAUCCAUGGCUCUUAGCCAGAAACGUCUUGCUUCUGGUCUCUGAAAAACUGGGGUGAGUGGUUGUCCCAAAGACAAUCGCCCCCAGUUUGGGGGCUCCUCUCAGGGUUCACCCUGUCACCGGGUGUGGGACCUGGGAAACUUCCACUAGACUGUUGCCCCCAGCUCCUCCCCGCCAGCAUCCCAGUCACCACCAGGUGGCACUUCCUACAUGGUCCACAUGUCUGGCUCUGAAGGCCCAACUCUGUCAGGCCAGACUCCUGUCACUCAUGGUGGGGAGACCUGACUUCCUCGGGCUCUUCAGGAGACUGAGACAGAGAGGACAAGCGAAAGCGCAGCCUGUGUAUGACUCUCCGCGGUUCACAUCCUGCCUCUCCCUGGGGUUUACCUAGCCCCAAUAAAGCCUGCUCUGGUCUCUGGUGUUCUUGCUUCUUCCAUGCAAUGACCGCGGCUCACUGGGGCAGGUUGGAAGGCUCCCCCAUAGACGCUCCAGAGUGAAGUCAAGAGUGAGCUUGGGGGCUGCCAGGAAGUAGGAUGCAGGGCUGGUGGUGAGCAGCAUGCCACCUGUGCCCUGGGCCUCAGGGGAAGUGGUGAGGUCAAGAGGAGGACCAGGCUCUGUGGGGAAGAGGAUGAAGAAGCCUUGGAAGAGGCUCAUGGUGCCUGGGGGAAUGCCAGUUGCAUCCUCACAGUGACCCCUUGCAACAGAAGGUAGCUUCUGAGAAAACUGAAGCUUAAAGAGGUUAAGGACACAACCUAGCCAGAGUUGCAAGUUAGUGUUCCUUCUGCUACUCUCCCUAAGUCAGGCUGGACCACUUCCAACCACUGCUUCAUGAAACACAAGUCACUUCUGGAACUUCUGUGCUUCAUCCACCCAACGCUACAUGUCUGGUACCUUGUUGGGCCCUGAAUUUAGAAUACUGUGGGUCCCAGCUCUUACAGUCGACCUCCUUUCGAUAGAAUGGGGCAAGCAAUGCCUAUUUUGCAGGUUUACCAGAUAAAUUAAAGCUUCUAACACCAA